UCUCCCAUCGAUCGUUGAGACCAUCACUCUGAGUCAAUCAUACCGAGCAUAGGAUGUUCUUCUUGGACGCGUUCCUCAAGGGUCUGCACAAGCAGGGUGAUGAUGAUUCCAUCGAUAGGCUCAAUUAUUACUGGACACCUAUGCUUCUCGUCAUCUUUGCGUUGACACUUUCCGCCAAGCAGUACGUCGGACAGCCUAUUCAAUGUUGGAUUCCAGCUCAGUUCACAGGCGCUUGGGAGCAAUACAGUGAGAACUAUUGCUUCGUGCAAAACACAUACUUCAUCAGUCCCGACAAGUACAUCCCAGACUCUGAAAUCGAUAGAGAAGGCGCUGAAAUUGGAUAUUACCAGUGGGUACCCUUCAUCCUCGGACUUCAAGCCAUCCUCUUCUAUCUUCCAUCUCUUUUCUGGCGACUUAUGAACUUCAACUCAGGAGUUGCUCUCAAGAAAAUGCUCUUCGGAGCCAAAAAAGCUGACCGAGUCGAUGAGAAGGCCCGUAACGAAGCUGCCAAAUCAACUGGAGCUCAUCUUUACGAAUCUCUUACUCUUCAAUCUCGUUUCGCUAAAUACACAUCUGCAUUCACCUACGGAGGCAGCUACCUUACCUACUUGUACCUAUUUGUCAAGUUCCUCUACUUAGUUCAAAUCGUCUUCCAAUUCAUCAUUCUCAACAACUUCCUCGGCACUUCCUACACCUUCUGGGGUCUUGGAAUCCUCUCCGACAUUCUGAAUGGGCGUGAAUGGGAGGAGAGCGGUCACUUCCCAAGAGUAACCAUGUGCGAUUUCGAGGUGCGUGUGCUCGGCAACAAGCAUCGUCACACCGUCCAAUGUGUGCUGAUGAUCAACAUGUUCAAUGAGAAGGUAUACGUGUUCCUGUGGUUCUGGCUUGUCAUUGUCGGAGUCGCCACAUUCCUGAACCUUGUCAACUGGACCCGCAAGUUGAUGUUCCGUUCGGCACGCAAGGCUCACAUUAAGUCCUAUUUACAAAUUGAGGACAACUUCAGUGACGAUAACUCUCGAAAUGGACAAAUUCUCGACAAAUUCGUCGACUACAAGCUCAAAUCCGACGGUGUCUUCAUCACUCAUUUAAUCGAUAACAACGGUGGAUCCGUGUUCUCUCAUGACGUCAUCGUCGACAUGUGGGAUCGAUUCUUGCAGGACGAGGACAAUCGGUCACAGAAGAAACAGCCGGCCGAGUUUCGCGAAAUUUAAAUGAAGAGAUUAUGAAGGAUUAUGAAUUUUUAUAUCAAUUGUCUUCAAAUUCACGUGUCUAGUGCCUUCCCCUCACCACAACAUUCGUUAGACAUCCUGUUGCGCUCCCUUUGCACUUUCCAAAUUGUUCUUUUUUUCUAGCCAAGAAUUGUUUGUUCUUUUUUCACUUUCAUGUUAUUCACAAUCUAAUAAUUAUCGACAGAGUAAUAAACGGUGUUUUAUGCCUG